GAUAGAGACAAAUGCAUCGGAGUUAGCGAUCCCUGGCGAUAUCUGGCAUCUGAACGUGACGUCACCGGCUACCUCGCGACAUCCUUGCUGGCAGCAGAGCAAAGGCUCUCUAUUCGCUUCUCGACUGUCCCUCGUACCGCACGUCAAGGCAACAGAAGGUGAAUUUGGCAAGUCAUGGGUUUCUCAACCGCUGCUCUUUUGGUCGCCAUCUUGGCCCUCCUUGGCCCGUCCGAAGGAAUUCCUCAGCUUCGUCCAGCUCCGGGAAUCCCGAGGUGUCCCCAAAUAUGCCCAGACAUUUAUGCCCCCGUGUGCGGUUCCAACGGUCAGACCUACGGCAAUAAUUGUGAAUUGCGCGUGGCAGCUUGUGAAGACCCAACAAUCACAAAGGCUUCCGAUGGAAAAUGUCCUCCGGGAAUCCCGAGGUGUCCCCAAAUAUGCCCAGACAUUUAUGCCCCCGUGUGCGGUUCCAACGGUCAGACCUACGGCAAUAAUUGUGAAUUGCGCGUGGCAGCUUGUGAAGACCCAACAAUCACAAAGGCUUCCGAUGGAAAAUGUCCUUCGACUAACCCGAACUGUCCUCAAUUCUGCCCAGCCAAUUAUGCCCCCGUGUGCGGUUCCAACGGUCAGACCUACGGCAAUGAUUGUGAAUUAGGCGUGGCAGCUUGUGAGGAUCCCACAAUCACUAAGGCUUCCGAUGGGGAAUGUCGAGGCGCCGUAAAACCUGAGUGUCCUCAGAUAUGUCCGUUCAUUUACGAUCCUGUCUGUGGAAGCAAUGGUCAGACUUACGGCAACGAUUGUCAAUUAGGUAUUGCUGCUUGCGAAGAUCCCACAAUCACGAAGGUGUCGGAUGGCCAAUGCUCUUCGACUAACCCGAACUGUCCUCAAUUCUGCCCAGCCAAUUAUGCCCCCGUGUGCGGUUCCAACGGUCAGACCUACGGCAAUGAUUGUGAAUUGGGCGUGGCAGCUUGUGAGGAUCCCACAAUCACGAAGGCUUCCGAUGGGGAAUGUCCAGGAGGCGCCGUAGAACCUGAGUGUCCUCAGAUGUGUCCAUUCAUUUACGAUCCUGUCUGUGGAAGCAAUGGUCAGACUUACGGCAACGAUUGUCAAUUUGGUAUUGCUGCUUGCGAAGAUCCCACAAUCACGAAGGUGUCGGAUGGCCGAUGCUACUUCACAAGAAUCCCCCUCACCAAAAAAUCAGACAAGACCAUCAAGAAAAUCAAGAAAAUGAUGUCACCUGCAACCCUGUUUCUUUACUUGUCUUCGCUUCUUUGGGCGUCAAAUGCACAGACGGAGGUACAGAGACAUUUCAACUUCCCACCAGGAGGAGGUGUAUGUAAUCGAAACUGCCCAAGAAACUACGAGCCUGUUUGUGGAACCAAUGGACAGACCUACCAAAAUAUCUGCCUUUUACGCGUCGCGAGGAGAUGCGACAACAUCAGGGUGAGGAAACAACACGACGGGGAAUGCGGCGCAACGAAUCCCAACUGCAGACCGAGCACGUUUUGUCCUUUCAACUACGCUCCAAUUUGCGGAAGUGACGGAAAAACGUACGCCAAUGAGUGUGCCUUCAGGAACGCGGCCUGCAACGACCCCAGACUCACCAAAGUAUCUGACGGGGAGUGUGGAUCAAGACCCAACUGUCCUGACAUCUGUCCAGCUGUUGUCGCUCCAGUCUGCGGAAGCGACGGUCGAGCCUACGAGAAUGAGUGCAGGCUGAACGCUGCCGCCUGCAGAAACCCUUCUCUUAGGAAGGUCGCCAAUGGGAACUGUGGAUCGAGGCCAAACUGCCCCGAGGUGUGUCCAGCUAACUACGAUCCUGUCUGCGGUACUGACGGCAAAACGUACGGGAAUCAGUGCAGCCUGGGCGCUGCAACUUGCAGAAACCCUUCAAUUCAGAAAGCUCAUAAUGGAGAAUGUGGUUCCGUAAGACCUCCAAUAGUGGUCUGUCCCCAGGGCUGCCCAUUCAAUUUCUCACCCGUCUGCGGGAGUGAUGGUAUAACGUAUCCCAAUCAGUGCACUCUGGAGAGUGCAUCUUGCAAAAACUCUUCAAUUCGGAAAUUGUAUGAUGGAGAGUGCCGAAGGCCACUGGGAUAGGGACACGUUCUUCGU